UAAAACGGCGCCCCCAUUUUAUCUCUUCCAACCUCCCUCUCCGCCACCACCGCCCGUUCCACCCAUUUCCACCACCUCCACGCCGCGCCAUCGCCGCCAUGCCCAUGGCCGCCGCCGCUUCCUACUCUCACCCGUCCUUCAUCCCCGCCGGGUCUCUCCGGCACCACCACCACGACGCCUCCACCCGCUUCUCCCCGCUGCCGUCCCCGCCGCCGCCGCGCGCGCUGCUCUGGCGGCGGCCGCGGCGGCUGGCGCCCACCACGUUCUGCUCCGUGCCGUCACUCCCCCGCCUGGGACGCGUCGGCUGGCCGCGCCGCGAGGGGAACGCCUGGCUGCUCUCGUUCCACGCCGACACCGCAGCGGCGCCCGACGCCGCGCUGGGGGACCCCUCGAAGGCGCUCUCCGCGCUGCUCCCGCUCGUCGUCGCUGCCACCGCCGUUGCCGCGCUCGGGAAUCCAGCCACCUUCUCCUGGGUCUCCAAGGAUUACUACGCGCCGGCCCUUGGGGGCAUCAUGCUGUCCAUUGGCAUCAAGCUCUCCAUCGAUGACUUUGCUCUCGCUUUCAAAAGGCCUGUGCCACUGUCCAUUGGUUAUGCCGCGCAGUACGUGCUGAAGCCACUGCUGGGCGUGAUGAUUGCAAAGGCAUUCAGGAUGCCAUCAGCGUUCUUUGCAGGCUUCGUGCUUACUUGCUGCGUAUCAGGUGCUCAGCUGUCAAGCUAUGCUAGCUUCCUCAGCAAAGGGGAUGUGGCGUUGAGUAUUUUGUUGACAAGCUGCUCAACAAUAUCUUCGGUGGUCGUGACACCUGUUCUUACUGGAUUGCUGAUCGGUUCAGUGGUCCCGGUUGAUGGAAUUGCAAUGGCGAAAUCUAUUCUGCAGGUGGUGCUUGUUCCUGUCACAGUAGGCCUUUUCCUGAAUACCUAUGCAAAGGGAGUGGUGAAUGUAAUACAACCAGUAAUGCCAUUUGUUGCUAUGGUGUGCACAUCUCUGUGUAUUGGCAGCCCUCUUGCUAUCAAUAGGAGCAAGAUCCUCUCUCAAGAAGGAUUCUUCUUACUUCUCCCCAUAGUGGCUUUCCACAUUGUUUCAUUCGUUGCGGGCUACUGGAUCUCCAAGUUGCCACAAUGGAGGCAAGAAGAGCCUGUUUGCAGGACAAUUUCCGUGUGUACUGGGAUGCAGAGCUCCACCCUCGCUGGACUUCUGGCAACACAAUUUCUUGGAACCAGUCAAGCAGUUCCUGCUGCAUGUUCUGUUGUCAUCAUGGCGAUUUUUGGUUUGACUCUUGGAUCAUACUGGGGAAGUGGCUCACGAAUAAGAGAUGUCUCUGGGGGAUUUCUUCCACAAGCUUCCGCAGGUGUGAGCUCGUGACAGGCAGCAGGAUGCCGCAUGGUAAUUUUUCCACGGAUCCUCUUGAGGCGCCAAUUCCAGAAAUUCACUUACCAAAUGAGACUGGAGCUACAGGGAAGGCGUCCUGCAGGCUGCAGCACAAUCCUGCAUUAGGUAUGCCAUGGCUACAACCCUACAAAAGAGAACUACAGAUUAUGGGCUUUUGAUGAUAAGGUCAUAAGGAUCAAGGAGAACAGCCUUACGACAAGAACCACUUGUACAUGAUGGAGGGUAACUGAGAUUGCAGUCAUAGUUACAUAUCAUACCUUAUAUUGUAGGUUCGGUUAGUCUUCUCUUAGCAGCUCCUUGUAGAUAUAGAUGCCAGUAUGCCACUAGACACAAUCGAGGAUGCUCAUAUAUGAGGAAUAGUGCUAUACAUAUGUCUAUGCAAUAGUCACGACCCAUUGUUCUUAAAAUCAACCCCAUGAUCAGGUGUUCUUUCUUUCUUUUUCGCAAUGCUAUUUUUUGCUUUGGUGUCACGUGCAAUUGACUCUGGACACUUUAAACCGCAAUGGAGUGCACUAUUAUAUCAUAA